UUCAAGAGGCCUCAAAGUGACCGCAAGAUCUCCGUCAAGGAAAACUGGAGAAGGCCCAAGGGUAUUGACUCCCGUGUUAGAAGGAAGUUCAAAGGAUGCACUCUAAUGCCGAAUAUCGGUUAUGGCUCAGACAAGAAGACUCGCCACUAUCUUCCCAAUGGGUUUAAGAAGUUUGUUGUGCAUAAUGUCCAAGAGCUUGAGCUUCUCAUGAUGCACAACAGGCCAUACUGUGCUGAGAUAGCCCAUGACGUUUCAACGAAGAAGAGGAAGGAAAUAGUCGAGCGCGCCGCACAGCUGGAUGUUGUUGUGACCAACAAAUUGGCUAGGUUGCGCAGCCAAGAGGACGAGUGAAUGACUGAUCCAUCUUGAAUGUUGGUUUUGCUUUUCAUUACCAUAUUUGAUCGUUUAGUGAGUUGAGGAUAUUCUCAAACGGUUUGUUUCUCUUGAA